CUCAGUUAAUUUGUCCUCACAAGUGUUGACUACGUGCUCUGCGAUUAGCAUUAACGUUGUGUCCGACAUUAACAAGCCGAGAUGGCACUUGUCGGUUUCAUUGAUAGCUUAUUGCUACGCUGCUAUGAGCACCCAUUGGUUCUAUGUGUCGGUGUUAUCGUUGUGGCGCUCCUCUCCUUGCCAAUGCUCCUUGUUAGGCAUGACGCACAAGAGCCGCCUAUCGUCAGUCCUAGAAUACCGAUAAUUGGACAUUUGAUUAACAUGAUAUGUUAUAAACAAAAGUUCUACCAUCAAUUGGGACAGCAGAACCCAGACCUACCUAUCUUCACACUUCCUCUCGGAUUGGGAAAGAUGUACAUCAUCACCUCUCCAGCACUCGUUCAAGCUGCGAUGAGGAAGAAGUCGCUCAGUUUCGAACCCCUUACUGUUGCAUUUGCCGAGCGGAUGGUAGGAUUUGGCCCAAAUAUCAUGGAUUUGAUGCAUCACCCGCCGGCCAACUCUGAGAGUUGGCUCAAUGCACAACACAAGCCUUACGACAUGCUCGCACCUGGUGCUGCGCUCAAUGAUAUGAAUGCACGCGUUUUGAAUAGCGUUGCUGAUAUUAUUAAUUCCAUUGGCCCUGAAUUUGAGACUAAGCAGUUUUAUUUAUGGCUACGGAAAUCUUUCACUCUUGCUACAACAGGUGCUCUUUUCGGUGCCCAGAAUCCUCUCAUAGACGACCCUCAAUUAAAUGACAGCCUUUGGGACUAUGAAGGUGGCCAAGCUGACCUGUUAAUGAAACCAUUUCCUUCUCUGACAGCCCCAAAACCCUUCAGAGGGCGAGCUGCAAUUCAGAAAGCUCUACGAGCAUACUUUCGUGCGGGCCAUGAUCAAGACUCUGAUGUCAGUCUAGUGAUUAAAGGUCGUGUGGCAAUCAACAGGAAAUGGGGCCUACCUAUUGACGAUAUUGCCGACCACGAACUUGGAAUGCUCUUUGUGAGCGUUACGAAUGCUAUUCCAACGCUCUUCUGGAUGAUAUUCUAUGUGUUCCAUGACAACCAGCUAGUUGCAGACCUUCAAAAUGAACUUCUUGGAUGUUUAGAAGAAAGGGAGGAUUCUAAUGGCCAGCGAGAGUGUGUAUUCUCUGUUGCAAAGUUUUCAGCAGAAUGCCCUCUUCUCGUUUCAACUUACCAAGAGGUUAUGCGCAUGACAAAUAGGCAAUUGGGCACGCGCACGGUUAUAGAAGACACUUAUCUGAGCCACUCAUCUGUUGGGGACGCGGCCGGCACGCCAACAACGUAUCUCCUCAAAAAGGGUACACACAUUCAAAUGCCUUCUAUGAUAACAGCUUACGCACCGGCAACAUGGGGAGAAGACGUUCUUAACUUCAACCCAAGGCGUUUCAUAACGACCAGAGAGAAAGAGCGGCUACAGAACAGGGCGUUUAACCCCUUUGGCGGUGGUAAACAUCUUUGUCCGGGGCGCCACUUCGCAUACGCAGAGAUCUUAGGUACCGUGGCAGCGCUUGUACUAGGUUUUGAAAUUGUGACCCCCGAGGGUGCCCAAGUUAGCUUGCCACCGAUUUAUAAUAGCUUGGUAGAGGCAGUAGGGAAGCCGUUGCCAGCUGUGCAGCAGAACUUGUUAGCAAAUAUCAGGCGGCGACCUGGUUGGGAGGGGGUUAAGUGGCGGUUUGUGGCUGGGAAUGGCACGACAGACUCAUAGGUUUUCUGCCUAAUUCUUGCCAUCAAAUAAUAGUAAAUCCAUUACUCGCUGGGUAUUUUUUGGUCUAAGAUCUGUUGCCCACGUCUAUAUAUCGGGGAUGGUGGUAGGGUGGCAUAAAGCAGCGCUGAGAGCUGCUGAGUUUAUCAACCCAAACACCACCCCUUGUACACCCUAAAUUUGUAAUAGAACAUACGGGAAAGAUAAAGGACAUAUGGAGUCAGGUUAAAUAUGUCCCUUUAAUUUACUAGCCCUAGG